GCUAAGCCAAGCGCCCCCCACCCGCUGCAAACAUCGGGUCCAGGUUGUGGCCGGGAGUGGGAAGCCGCGAGGAAGGAGCCAUGGUGAACACGGGCAUGCAGCUGAUCAGCUUCACCUGCGCCGUGACCGGCUGGAUCAUGGCCAUCGCAGUGACCGCCUUACCGCAGUGGAAGGUGACGGCGUUCAUCGGCAGCAACAUCCUGACGUCGGAGAUCGUGUGGCAGGGGAUCUGGAUGAACUGCAUCUAUCAGACUACGGGCCACAUGCAGUGCAAGACUUACGACUCCAUGCUGGCGCUGCCGCCGGACAUACAGGCCGCCCGCGCCCUGAUGUGCCUGGCCAUCUUCCUGGGGUGGCUCUCAUGCACCGUGUCCUGCUGCGGCAUGAAGUGCACCACCUGUGCCGCGGACGACCGCCAUGCCAAAGCCGGCAUAGCUCUGUCCGGCGGCGUGCUCUUCAUCCUCACGGGGCUGUGCGUGCUGGUGCCCAUCUCCUGGACCGCCAACACGGUGGUGCAGGACUUUUACAACCCCAACGUGCCGCUCGUCAACAAGCGCGAGCUGGGCCAGGCCAUCUACCUGGGCUGGGCGGCCUCCGUCAUCCUCAUGAUCAGCGGCGCCGUGCUCAGCAGCACCUGCCCGCACAUCGAGAGGGGCGGUGGCGGCGGGGGAUACAGACGCGGAGGGUACCUGGCACGCAGCUUCCGAAGCAUGACCAGGCACUCCGUGCCCUCCGCGCCAGACCCGCCCAAACCCAUCUCCGUCAGCGCCAGCGGCGUGCCCUUAAAGGAGUACGUCUGAUUGGCAUGGGAUGGGAUGGUGUGAGGAUGUGAGUGACUUUAUUAUGAGACGAUGUGGAAGGGCUGAGGAUGCAUGUGAG